AUGUGGUCCGGAGCAUUCUUGGGAACCCCGCAAUACGCGCCAGCCGUCGUGCCAGUCGUCCAGCCAGCCGUCGCUCCGAUGGUCGUCGCAUCUCCAGUCAUGGCAACUCCAGUUGUGGCAACUCCUGUCGUUCAAACUACCGUAAUCGCCCAACCGAUGUACCAUGGAACCGCCAUCUCGACACCAUAUGGUAUCAGAUAUAUUUGA